AUGGACUUUGUUGCUCAACACACAAAGAUCCCUGUUCCAAAGAUCUUGGGACUUAGCAAGUGUGCGGCCGGUCCGUACAUUGUGAUGUCCUUUGUCGAAGGAAGUCCGUUAAGCGGAUAUCUCAGAGAUCCAUCUCAGGAAACAGACACACUGAGUUUGGAAGUACUGCUAGAGCUGUCGAAGCCUGAAUUCCCGGUUAUUGGAGCUGUCCGAAAAGACACGUCGGGUAGUUGGACCGUGCUAAAGCGUCCGUUUACAAAUCGCCUCGCUCAAUUCUCCAACAUUCCACUUAAUGUCUUUAAGCGACAAUCCUUCAACAACGCAGCAGAUUAUUUCGAGGAGCUUGCUCAACAACAUUUUUAUCAUCUUGAGCUUCAACGUAACGAUGCAGUCACGGAUGGAUCCGACUGCCGGAAGAAAUACAUCGCGCGCUGUCUUUUUCGCAGACUUUCUCAUAAAGUAGCCAAAAAACACUGCAAUGGACCUUUCCGGAUUUAUUGCGAUGAUCUUUGUCCCGACCAUGUCCUUGUAGAUGCCUCAAGGCUUGUUGUUACUGGGGUAGUCGACUGGGAAUCUGCUUAUGCUGCUCCUGUUGAAUUUACAUAUGCUGCUCCUUGGUGGCUCUUGCUGGUCCGUCCGGAAGACUGGGAGUCCGAUCUAGAUCAAUUGUUGCUGCGUUUUAUGCCGAGGUUUCGCACUUUUCUAGAAGUGCUUCGGGAUUGUGAGGCAAGAAAAAUCAAUGCCGGAUCCUUGUCAUCACGGUCCCAGCGUCUGUCGAUUGUUAUGGAGAAGUCAUUGGAGACUGGACUAUUUUGGAUUUGCCUCGCUUCGCGACGCAGCUCCAUGUUUGAUGAGAUCUAUUGGAAAUUUAUUGGUCCACAAUUUUUUUGGCCCUUUGACGGCGGUUGA